AUGAAUAAUAGUGAAAAAGUUGAACUUAUUCUGAUUUUUGGGGAAUGUAAUCGUAGUUCUCGACAACAUAUCGGGUUUACGCAGAUCGGUAGAAGAUAUUAUCUAGAUUUUCUAGUUUAUCAAUUAGCAUUACUGUUAGAAAACGUUCCAUUAGCCAUGCGGGAAAAUAGGUAUUUUCAACAAGACGGUGCACCAGCACACAACGACAUUAUUGUUAAAAAAUAUUUAGAUGAAAUUUUUCCUAACCGAUGGAUUGGUACCCAUGGAGUAAUUCCAUGGCCGGCAAGAUCUCAAGACUUGACCCCAUUGGAUUUUUUUUAUGGGGACAUUUAA